AUGUCAUCCCUUGCCGCGUUGAACGCCCAAUAUUUGACUUACUUGGCUAAGUACCCAUUACUUACGAAGUCGGUCACCGCCGGGAUCCUUGGGGCUCUCAAUGAAAUCAUUGCCUCGGUAGUAACUGGAGAUGUGCCUGAAAUUACUUUGUUUGGCGAUGUCAAAGUCAAAAACUUGUUGACUAAAAAGACGAUCGGGUUGGCUAUCUAUGGGUUCUGUCUCCUGACUCCCAUUUCCCAUUACAUGUAUGGCAUCAUUAAUGAAAUUUUCGCCGGACCCCCUUCAACUUUGAAGAAAGUAUUGCAGAUCUUAACUUCCUUACUCACGGUGACCUCGUCCGUAUGUGCUGUUUACACUUCAUGGGUGGGUCUUCUUAACAACUAUGUACCCGGUAAGGCUGGUUCGAUCUCCGGGGAAAUUGCCAACAUCCUCAACAUCAUCAAAGUCUCGAUGAAGACUAACUACCUUAACGUGUACAAGACUUCGUUUGUUACCUCGGGGUUGUCUUUGAUCAUUGCCCAAAAGUACUUGCCUCCUCAAUUGUGGGUUGUAUUCUUUUCGGUGGUAGGGUUCGUUGUUGGUACUUUCCAGAACGCUAAAAUGAAGCGCCGGAACAUGGCCCUUCGCAAGGCCCAAGAGAAGAAGGAUUAA